CUAAACUACAAGGAGUUGUAACUUAAAUUUGCCCUAAAAGUAAAACCGAUCUCGACCCUCCUCUGGCACCACUGAGAAAAUCUUCUUUCACGGUUUUCGCCUCCACACAUAAAGGAAAAAAACGAACCAUCACCGUCGCAGCGCCGCCGUCGAACGGCCUUUCUAUUAGCCACGGCAACCUCAAACGACACGAACGGCGGCAAAGGAAUGGAGUCCUUGCGCAUUUUAAAAUCGGCGGAGCCACCGCUGUUCCUCGCGCCCUCGGAGAACCUGUCUCAAGCCGCCCGCGCAGCCUUGGAGCACAUAUACUCGUCUCUCAAACCGUACACUCCGAAGACACCUUUCGAACGGCUGUUAGUGAACGGGUUCGACUCCGAGCAGAUUUGGCAGCAAAUCGACCUCCAAUCCCAGCCGCUCAUCUCGAGCCUCCGGCGUGAGCUGAAGCGGUUCGAGAAGAAUCCGGAAGAAAUCUCGAAGCUUUUCUGCGUGGAUGAGGAGAGAGAGGGUGUAGAGAGAGAAAGAGAGGGUGUUUUGGAGGGAGAGGCUGAGGGUUUUGAGGAGUUGGAUGAAGGUUUUGAUGAUGAUGACGAUGACGACGAGGAGGACGAGGACGAGGAGGAAAGUGAAGAGGGAGAAGGGGAAGAGGAUGAGGAGGAUGGAAAUGAUGAUGGGGAGAAUGGAGUUGAAGAUAGGUUUUUGAAGAUUAAGGAAUUGGAGGAGUAUAUGGAAGAGGACGAGGCGCGAGAGUAUGGAAUAAAGAAGGAGAAGAAAAGAGGUGGCGGUAAGUUGUCGAAAAGAAUUGAAGAUGAUGAAGAAGAUGAGGAGGAGGAGGAAGAAGAUGAGGAUGAGGAAGGUGAUGGGCUUGGAGUUUUCGGAGCUGACCUGGGUGAUGAAGAAGAAGGAGCAAGAUACGAAGACUUCUAUGGCCCUAAAAAGAAAGAUAACCAGAAAAGAAAACCAAAACAGAUGGAUGAGUCAGAUCACUUGGGUGAUGAGCAAGAAGAUGACAAGACUUUGGGCAAUCAGGAGCAAAAUCUUUCUACCCAUGAAGAACAGCUAAAGAAGGUGCAGACUAAAAUAGAGGAAAUGGAGAAAGCAAACUUGAAUCCAAAAACUUGGACUAUGCGAGGCGAGAUAACUGCUGCUAAAAGGCCAAUGAAUAGUGCAUUAGAAGUUGAUCUAGAUUUCGAGCACAAUGUGAGACCUGCCCCCGUUAUCACUGAGGAGGUUACUGCAUCUAUCGAAGAGUUAAUUCAGAAACGGAUCCUCGAGGGGCAUUUUGAUGAUGUUCAGAAGGCUCCUGAUCUACCAUCUAAAGCACCAAAAGAACGCAAGGAAUUGGAUGAGAAUAAGAGCAAGACGGGACUUGCUGAAAUUUAUGAGGAAGAAUAUGUUCAGAAAACUGGCCUAGUUUCCACAGCAUUAUCCUUCUCAGAUGAACAAAAGAAAGAGGCAAGUAUUCUGUUCAAGAAACUGUGCUUGAAGUUGGAUGCUCUGUCCCAUUUCCACUUCACACCAAAACCGGUAAUAGAAGAUAUGUCCAUACAAACAAAUGUCCCUGCUCUGGCAAUGGAAGAGAUUGCACCUCUGGCAGUGUCGGAUGCUGCUAUGUUGGCUCCUGAAGAAGUUUUUGCCGGCAAAGGAGAUAUUAAAGAAGAAACAGAGCUAACACAAGCAGAAAGGAAGAGGAGAAGAGCUGAUAAGAAAAGGAAAUUUAAAGUGGAGUCGGUGAAAAAGAUGGCAACGAAGAAGGCACGUGAGAGUGCAGUGCAAAAUCAUGUGGAUGGCAAGGGAGAAUCAUGACUUUCAAGCCUUGGAUUUCAAUUCACAUGGAGUUUCAUCCCGCCCAUUGCAACUUCGAUUAUGCUUGCAGUUUUGAACUUGUCAAUGGUAGGCAUAGGGACCCCUAUUUGCCCUUUCAAAUAGGGUUAAUUUUAGUAAAAUCAUCAGGUGCAAGCUCGUUUGGAGUUCUGAGGACGUAUGGUAAGUCCAGGAAAAACGACAUGAGGGAAGACGAGGAGUACGAGGAGUAUUAGGCGAAUGGGGCUUGAUUUUUCAAUUUUGGGUGGUUUGGUUUCCUCAGUUAUUUAUAUAGAUUUUGGGUUGGUAAUUUGUAACGUUGAAGAUAAUUAAAUGCAAUUGCAAUCCCACCCUCAGAGAGACCUGAUGGCAUGAUCCAAUCAGGGCGGAUUCAGGAAUUUGUUUCUGGUCCAAACUUGGAAUAUAAAUUUUUGAUGAUUAGUGUU